AAGCGCAUGCGCAGCAAGCCUGACGCGUGCGUACUCAACGCCCGCCCAUAGGAAGCGGAAGGGAAAAGAUGGCGGCGCCGAGUGUCCCCACGCCGUUGUACGGGCACGUGGGUCGCGGAGCCUUCCGCGACGUGUACGAGCCAGCGGAGGACACGUUCCUGUUACUGGACGCGCUCGAGGCGGCGGCGGCCGAGCUAGCAGGAGUGGAAAUAUGCCUUGAAGUAGGAGCAGGAUCUGGUGUGGUGUCUGCAUUCCUGGCCUCCAUGAUAGGUCCUCGGGCCUUAUACAUGUGCACUGAUAUCAACCCUGAGGCAGCCGCAUGUACCUUGGAAACAGCACGCUGUAACAGAGUCCAUGUUCAGCCAGUGAUCACAGAUUUGGUGCACGGCUUGCUGCCCAGACUGAAGGGGAAAGUAGACCUGCUGGUGUUUAACCCCCCCUAUGUAGUGACUCCGCCUGAAGAGGUAGGAAGUCGUGGAAUAGAAGCAGCCUGGGCUGGCGGCAGAAACGGCCGGGAAGUCAUGGACAGGUUCUUCCCACUGGCUCCAGAACUCCUCUCCCCAAGAGGGCUGUUCUACUUAGUUACCGUAAAAGAAAACAAUCCCGAGGAAAUCUUUAAAACAAUGAAGACAAGAGGUCUGCAAGGGACCACAGCACUUUGCAGGCAAGCAGGCCAAGAAGCCCUGUCAGUCCUCAGGUUCAGCAAGUCCUAGUGUCCUGAAAGCCACAGAAGUAAACAAGAGCUGCCGGCAGCUGAACAAUCGCUCAGUAGGUUUCAGACUGAUGCCAUUGCCUGGCCAAGAAAUUUUAUUAGAAAUCUGUCAUUUAAAAAAAAAAAAAAAAGUGGAGCCAGGUGGUGGUGGCACACACCUCUAAUUCCAGCACUCUGGAGACAGAGGCGGAGAAUCCCUGAAUUCAAGGCCAGCCGAAAUGCAGAGUGAGUUCCAGGACAGUCAGGGCUGCACAGAGAAACCCUGUCUCAAAAACCUAAAACCAACCAAACCAAAGUGAAAAGAAAAGGCAAGAAACCCGUGAGGGCUGAAUGGAUAGAUGGCUCAGAGGCUGAGACACUGACCGCUAGUACAAAGGAUUGGGGCUCAGUUCUCAGCACCCACAUGGUAGGGUAGUUCACAAGGGAUCCUGCCCUAUUCUGACCUGUACCUUUGGAGGUCAGAAUGACAUGCAUACAUACUGCAGGCAAAAUAUCCAUACACAAAAACAAAAUAAACCUAACAAGAAGAAAAGAAAAAGAUAGAAAGCUGGGUCAUUUUGUUUUCAGAGAAUCAACAUAUGAGUUUUUCUGUGCAAGUGCAAGUAAAUAUGUAUUAUAUGUAUACCAUAUUUUAUAUAUUUAUAUAUGAAGGCACGUUUGAUUUAGCCUUAGCUAUAAUAUAGCAAAGCAAUUUAAUUACCCUAAAUGUCCACCAGAAAGGACACUGGUUAAAAUCUCAGCCUAGGGCUGGAGAGAUGGCUCAAUGGUUAAGAGCACUGACUGCUCUUCCAGAGGUCCUGAGUUCAAUUCCCAGCAACCACAUGGUGGCUCACAGCUAUCUGUAAUGAGAGCCAAUGCCCUCUUUUGGUGUGUCUGAAGACAGCUACAGUGUGCUCAUAUACAAUAAAUAAACCUUUAAAGAAUAAAUAAAGUAAAAUAAAAUCUCAUUGAAUCCAUUCCACUGAACAUGUAGCCAUGAAACAAGGCACUGUGUAGAUCCUGCACCCGAGGCUUUUUGGUGACCAGGACAACUGAGUGCUAAGAGGCUGGAGCUGAAUUUCAUCCCAUACACGCUAUUU